CUACUGUCUGUUGCAGGCUACACGGAGGGCGGGGAGCUUUGUCUUUGAUGACGUCAUCCCCUCGCCCCCACGUGGGAACGUCACGCGCCGCAGGCUCACGUGACCGGGACUGCUACCGGGGCGGCGUGGUGGCUCAGCAUCAUCAACAUCAGGAGCGACAACAACAACAGCAGCAACAACAACAGCAAAUCAGCAGCGACGACAGCGGUAAGAGCGGCAUCGUUACCAUUGCCGACGUCAUUCGGCAGCGGAGUUAUCGACAACAGCGGCAACGCGACCACCACCACUACCACCACCAUCAUUCGCAGCAGCGCUGUAUAAGUCAACAACAACAUCAUCAUCAUCAGCCGUCGCGCGACCAUCGACCAUGAAAAAGUUCGGCAUGGGCAUCAUUAACGGCGGCAUCAUCAUCAUCGUUUCACCAUGAGUGUCGUCGUCAGGACCAGCAUGAAACAUCAACAUUAUCAUCAUCAUGAUCACCACCACCACGUGUCCCUGUGAAAUCUGCGUGGCUAGCAGCAGCAGCAGUUGCGAGAGGUGGGAGGGGGAGACAAUGGAGGCCAAAGAGAUGAAGAGGGAGGAGGAGGAAGAGGAGGAGGCCUUCUACCUGGAGCUGGGGCCUAACCCGGUCCGCUUUGAGGAGAUCUCCACCAUCAACAACGUCUUCUUUGACGAGGCCAACAAACAGGUGUUCGCCGUGCGUGCCAGCGGAGCCAUUGGUGUGGUGGUGCGAGGCCUCGAUGAGAAAAUUACCAUCAACUUCCGACUUGAGGACAAAGGGGAGAUUAAGUCCAUCAAGUUUUCUGUUGGGAACAAAAUUCUGGCAGUGCAGAGGACGCCCAAAUCUGUGGAGUUCAUUAACUUCAUCCCGGACCUGAGUAGUUCCGAGUAUUCGCAGGAAUGCAAGACGAGGAACGCCAAGGUGACAGGGUUUUGCUGGACCAGCGCCUACGAGAUCGUCUUUGUCACCGACUUCAGCCUCGAGUUUUACCAGGUCCUCCCAGAGAAACGCUCGCUCAAGCUGCUCAAGAGCCAGAGCCUCAACGUGAACUGGUUCGUGUACUGCCCGGACAGCAGCGUGGUGCUGGCCUCCACCACCGUGCUGGGCAAUGUCAUCCAACCCUACCACUUCAAGCCGGGCUCCAUGACGAAGCUGAGCAAGUUCGAGGUGGAGGUGCCGCUGGUGCCCAAGCCUGCCAAGCUGUGCCUGCAGGAGAGAGACAUCUCCAUGGCCUCCAUAUACGGGCAGCUGUUUGUGGCCGUGCUGCGACACACGGUGCGCACGACGGCACAGCCCGGCGCCGAGGUGCUACUCUACCUCCUGCCCAAGGACGGGCCGUGCCGCAAGCAGCACGUGCUGAAGCUCAACACGACGGGGCGCUUCGCGGUCAACGUGGUGGACAACCUCUUCAUCGUCCACCACCAGACCUCCAAGACGUCCUUGGUUUUCGACAUCCGGAUGGGGAAGGAGUUUGACGGCCACGUCAACAUUCACUACCCGGUGCUGCCGCCGGCAUCCAUCCGCCCCUAUGCCCUGCAGAGUCGCGCCGGUCCCACGGCAGCACUGGCGCCCGCACCGGUCCCGUUUGAGCUGUACUCUUCCAGCUGGAUUGUGUUCCAGCCCAACAUCAUCAUUGAUGCCAAACUCGGCUGCCUGUGCACGCUGCAGCUGUGCCUGGAGCCCGUGCUCGACGCGUUCUCCGACCGCUCGCGUCUCAUGGAGUUUCUGCUGCAGCGACGCGAGUGCCGCUCCGUCAUGCUCACCGUGUGCCGCCAGUUGCUGUACGCGGCGCGGCAGGAGAGUCUGCCCACUGUGGCCGCCGUGUUUGACAAACUCAACCAGGUUUACCACGAAUGGCUCAGCGCAGAGCUCGCCUACCAGCAGGCUGUGGAGUCUGGCCAGUACAAAGGCUCCUCUCAACUGAGCCGGCACCAGCAGAAGCAGUCGGUCAUCGACCAGUCCACCAUGUACACGCACGUGCUGUCAGCCUUCACGGAGAAGCGGGAAAUCUCGUACAAGUUCAUCGUCGCGGUGCUCAUGGAGUAUAUCCGCUCACUCAACCAAGCACAGAUAACCGUGCAGCACUACCUGUACGAGCUCGUGAUCAACACGCUGGUGCAGAACAACCGCUUCUACCAGCUGCACCAGCUGCUGCAGUACCACGUGCUCAGCGACUCAAAGCCACUGGCCUGCUUAAUGCUCUCCUUGGAGAGCAUCUAUCCACCUGCUCAUCAGCUGGCCCUGGACAUGCUCAAGCGGCUGGGGACUGCGAACGACGAGAUCGUGGAGGUGCUGCUGUCGCGGCAGCAGGUGCUGGGCGCCGUGCGCUUCGUCCGCGCUGCGGGCAGCCAGGACAGCGCGUCUGCGCGCAAGUUCCUGGAGGCGGCGCGUGCAACGGAGGACGGGGCGCUCUUCUUCACCGUCUUCCGCUUCUUUCAGCAGCGCAACGCGCGCCUGCGCGGAAACCCUCGCUUCAGCCCCGGCGAACACUGUGAGGAGUACGUGCAGCAUUUCGUGGAGCUGUUCGGCAACGAAGCAAUGGCCCUGUGCACGUGAACUCCCUCCCUUCCCAUCCCUCCAUCCGAACCCUCCCUCCCGGACUCCUGCAGACAGUGUUCUCAAAGUGUCUUUAUGUUCAAAUGAUGUUCAAAUAAGCAGGACCCUGCUGUAGAAUGUGUCGGUAAACAAGAGGUGGCGGGAAGUUUUAGAUGGUCCACAAUGGCAGUGGCAGUGAACCAGCACCGAUGAGAUCCUGGGCUCAGGCCCUAGUGGUUUGUUGUCUUUGCGCUCUCUCACAAGGGGUUCAUAAUGGCCAUGUCGGAGACACAGCUCAGAACCACCGAGACCUUGGUUACAAAUAUGGGUUUUAGCAGCCCAACUGCGGGUGAAACCAGGUUCUCGGGUGUCACGCAUUUGAUGUCUCAGCCCAGUGACCCAACAGCUGUACAAAAUAGAAUUUUAAAUACAAUUAUAAUAAGUUCUUUCUCUAAAAGCCACGACCCAAAGAGAUGAACAUCCCUAUUAGAUGUGUACUGAGAUAAGAGCUCUUGUAGAUAUGUACCGAGAUAAGUCGUUGCUUUUUUUUUAGUUGCAUUGCCCCCUUGAUUCAGCCGCUCUACCAAGGCCCAGGACUGAACUGUGUUGAUUUUUUUGUUGUUGUUGACUGACAUGCGGGGAACCCCCCCCCCAUCCCCCACUGUGCAGUGCGAAUGAAGCACCGUGCGAGCGUUGGGUAGGAGAGAGGCCUUUUGAAGGCCAGACGCCUCCGAGUAGCGCUCGGACCUUGGUCGGUUUGUGAAAUCAUUGCGCGUUGCAAGUUGUUAUUAUGGAAGUGUGGUUUCGUCUUCCGGGACAGUUCCCUGACCCACUGACCUGACGAUCCUCUGCCAGUCCAGAGGUCUGCUGCUACCGUAACUUAAUGGAGCAAAUAACGUAAAGUUUGAAUUGUCUAAGAGACAUUUAAAAAAAUAAAUUAUUGCCAUUUACUUGCGAAACGUGCAAUAUUGUACGAAAAAACGAGCGUCGCGAACGCUCGCUAAUGUGCAACGGUAAAAUAUUAAAAUGCAGCGAGGGUGCACAGUUCAGAAUGCUCAGAUUUUGUACGGUUUUUAAUUUUAACGCAAAUAAAAAAAAUUGGCGUAGCCGAUUGCUUUUUCCGGGAAA